AAUAAAUUCUCUUAUUAUUUGUAGUAGUUUUUCAUUUCAGUUGGUUUUUUUGGCUUUUCCAAGUAAGAAGUCAUAUUGUCUGCAAGUAGUUUUAUUUCCUUUAUAAUUUUUAUACCUCUGAGAUUUAUUUUUCUAUUAAAUACAUUGGCUAAAACUUUAAUAAAAUGGUAAAUAAUAGUAGUGAAUGGGGAUAUCAAGGGAUUUGAUAUAUCAUAUUAAAUCUAGUAAUGUGAUGGCUUAUAUUGAUAGAUUUCCUAAUAUCUCUGCAUUUCUAGAAUAAAAAAACCUUCUUAGUCAUACUGUUCUAUUCUUUUAAUGUGCUGCUGUAUUCUGUUGCUGAUCGUUUAUUUAGAAAUUUUCAUAAGUGAUAUUGGUGUGUGUUGUGUGCACUCUCUGUCAGCUUCUGGUAGCAAUAUUAUGCUUCAAGAAAAUAGUUUGCAGGUGUCCCUUUUCCAAUGCCCUGGAACAUAGGUUUAGUGGCAUUCCUCUGUGAAAUUGUUAGGGCCCAGACGUUUUUGUAAGGAGUACUAUUUAACAGCGUUCUCCCCCUCACCCCCCAUGAAAGCUGGGAGAUUUUCUGGGAUUAAUUUCCUGGAAAAUUAUCUAUUUUUUUUCUGAAUUUUCAAAUGUAAUUACAUGAGAGUUGAGCAAAGUGGCUGCUGAUCACUUUAAAUGUCUUUAAUUUUGUUGGUUUCUCUUUUUUCUUAGAUGUGAUGUAUCCUUUUCAUCCGUAUCUUGAUUAAGAUUAGCUAGGGGUUUUAUUCAUACCCCACCUACAGUAUCAGCUUUUGAUUCCUCUAUUAAUUCUCUUCAGUUUCUACUUUAUUAACUCUUUCCUUCUACUUUUGCUCAGUUUUGAGAUCCUUUUUCUAAAUUUAUAAGUUGGCUGCUUAAUUGAUUUGUUUUUAUUCUUUUCAAUUGAUUUAAAUUUUUAAGGCUGUGAAUUUUCUUCCGAACAGUGGGAAGUAUCCUGGAUUCUGAUGUAGUGUUUUUAUUAUUCUCUGGGAAGUCUGCAGUUUGGGUUUAGUUUCUCUUUGACAUAAUUUUUUAACAACAGAAUUAUGUAUCAUUUUCACACCAGAAAGUCCAAGUCAAACAGUGGUUUCACAUAUGAACUGGUGAAUAAAACUUUACUUUUAAAAAAAAUCUUUUGAAGGAUAAUCAACAAGCUUUCUCCUCACCCCACUGUUAAAAUGUGAAUUAGAGAAGAUUAAAUUCAUCCACUAAUUAGGGGCAUAAUUAGUGUUAAAGAUAAUUUAUUAGCUUAAAUAAGUCUUUGUUCUUAGAAUAUAUAGUUUUAUUUCAUUCUGAAAGUUUUCUGUGAAGUUGUAUCUUUCCUAAAAUAUACACAAGAGAUGUGGAAUUGUAAACCUUGUCAUUUACUAAGAGCUGCUAAGACUUUAAUAUAUGAUCAUUAUUGACAACUAAAUUCAAAUAAAAUGAUAAUUAAGAUUUGGGGUAUUCUUCUUGCUGCGGGCAUUAAAUGAUGUUCUGGACUUUAGUCAUAUGUGUAUAUAAAUAAAAUAAUCUACAUGGAGGUCACAGUGACAGUUUAAUAGCUUCUUGUAUAUUCAGAUUUUCUUCAUAGACAAGAAAUUGUAUAUGGUCUAUUUGUUGCUUUUUGUCCUGGUUCAGGAAUGCAUCAUUUUAGGAGCAGAGUAGGGGAGAGGGAGGGAGCGAGGAGAGAGGAGAAGAGAAGGGAGGAGAAGGAGGACUUAGUCUAAAGCUGUAAGAACAAUGAGCCUGGCUUCUUGCCUUUUGUAGACUGAGGACAAGUCUUUAAACCCAAGAGAGAACCUAAGCAUAGGAACUUUGAUCCUUAUUUGGGGGAGAAUUUGGCAUUAGAGAAUUGUUUACUCAUGAAAUUUUAGAACUGGAAGAAGGCACGUAUUUAAUUCUUUAAAACUUUCAAUCAAUUUAUUUUACAGCCUAGGGAACUGAGAUCCGGAGUACCUUGCUGUUUGAAAGUCCUCCUGUUGUUAAGAGGAUGAGGCUUGAAGAAUACAAGCUAGCAUUCUAAAAGCAUUCAACAACCCAACUACUAAAACAGCUGAUGAUGAAACUAGAAAAAAAGUCAAAGCAUAUGGAAGAGAAGGUGUGAAAAUGAACUUCAUAGAUCAGAUCUUUGUUGGUGAAUUAACUAGCACGGUCAUGUGUGAAGAAUGUGCAAAUAUCUCCAUGGUGAAAGAUCCUUUUAUUGAUAUUUCACUUCCUAUAAUAGAAGAAAGGGUUUCAAAACCUGUACUUUUGGGAAGAGUGAGUAAAUAUAGAAGUUUACAGGAGACAGAUAAUGGUCAGUACAGUGGCACUUCUACUAUAGAACAUACUCAUCAUCCCAGAGCCAACAAGAAGCAUCCUUCAUCUAAAGAGAAGAAUCAACUAAUUCAUGGCAGAAAACAUAUAAGAAAAUUGUCAUCUGGAGAAGAUAAAGCUGUUGACAUCCACUGGAAAAAUGAAAACCUUGAAAUGGAUGGGGAUUCUUCAGUGCUGGCAAGCAUCGCAAAUACUGAAUCAACUCUGACUGGAAGCCCUACCGAUGGCAGUGAAAAGGAAGCCAGCCAUUCUGAAAGUAGUGUUGAUGCUGACAGUGAAGCUUCAGAAUCUGAAAGUGCUACUAAGCAGACUGUGUUGUUGAGAUCCACUGGUGGAUACACGGUGCACGCAAUGGGACACCUUCACCAUGUGUCCACAAGUGAACCACCCACCAGGGAGACUGACAGGGGUCAUGAGGGAGUGGCGGAAGCUAUGGCUGAACUUCGUUUGAGCAGCACUGUAACUGGCGAUAGAGAUUUUGAAAAGGAAAAUCAGCCACUAAAUGUUUCAAAUAAUUUAUGUUUUUCAGAGGGGAAGCAUAUGGUGUCUCACAGCCCCCAAAAUGCUUUUCAGACCCUCUCUCAGAGUUAUAUAACUACUUCUAAAGAAUGUUCAGUUCAGUCCUGUCUCUACCAGUUUACGUCUAUGGAAUUACUAAUGGGAAAUAAUAAGCUUCUAUGUGAGAAUUGCACUCUCACAAAGAAACAGAAGUAUCAAAAGGAAAGCAGUUCUGCAGAAAAGAAAGCAGAAGGGGUUUAUACAAAUGCCAGGAAGCAGUUGCUCAUUUCUGCUGUUCCAGCUAUCCUAAUUCUCCACCUUAAAAGAUUCCACCAGGCUGGCUUGAGUCUUCGCAAAGUAAACAGACAUGUAGAUUUUCCACUGAUGCUUGAUUUAGCACCAUUCUGUUCUGCCACUUGUAAGAAUGUAAAUGUGGGAGAUAAAGUUCUCUAUGGUCUCUAUGGUGUAGUGGAACAUAGCGGCUCGAUGAGAGGAGGCCACUACACCGCUUACGUGAAAGUGAGGACACCCUCCAGGAGAUUAUUGGAACAUAUCACUGGGAAGAGAAAUGUACCUGGUUUGAAAGAACCUGAUAGUGAGUCGGCAGGCCAGUGGGUCCAUGUUAGUGAUACUUAUGUGCAGGUGGUUCCAGAAUCAAGAGCACUUAGUGCACAAGCGUACCUUCUUUUUUAUGAAAGAAUAUUAUAAUGAUUUGUUAAUUAUUCAUGGUAAUGAUUAUUUAGAUCACUUUUAUUUAAAUGCUGCAGUGGUAACCAUAAUAUGCAAUGUGCCUUCGUAGUCUUUUCUCUUCUGUAGGAAUAGCAUGUCCCUCAAAUGCUCCUGAACAUUUUUACCAUUUUGGUAAAUGCUUUUAAAGUAAAUUAAAUUUACUGAGUGCUUUCAAAUGUAUAUUCUUAAACUAAAUGUAAACACAUGUUUUUAAAAAAUUAUUUAUCCCUGGAAAAACUAGAAUUUACAGCAGUAGAGGAAAUUCUUUUAUGAUGUGGCUUAUUAUUACAAGCAUUCAGAAAUGAUGCUGACUAAAUCAAAUGGUUCCUUAAAACAGUGUUUCCCAAACGUGAGUCACAUACCACCUUUCUGAUCUCAUAUACAUGUAUGUAUACCUCCUGUGCCAUUGUUUACUUAUUGUUUUUAACCUUAUUUUUUAGCCUUAUUUUUUUAACCAUAGGCUUGUUUUGAGUAUAUUCCACAUUUUAUCUGCUAGUUAUAUUUUUUCUAAUAAAUAUAUAAGUAUUAAAAAUAAAUUGUUCAUCUAUGUAGCACUCCACUUAAAAAAUCAUCUCAGGGCUAUCCAGUGGUAGACGUGCACUGCUGUGUGGGAAACAUUGCUAUAACAUGUAUUUACACAAUUGGCAUAGUGACCUUGUCUUGUUUUGUAUGAUUCAACCAUAUAAAAAGACACCACUGUAACUUCAGUAAUACAGGUUUACAAAUAUUAUAUUGAUUAGCUUAUUGCUUUGAGGUUUUGAGAACUAGAAAAAUAUUGAAAUACUUCAUCAACAUAUUAUUUACAGCCUAUUCUUGGUGGAGUUGAGGAUAAUUUGCAAAUGAUUAGCCAAGGUCAAAAUAUAGUGAUAGAGAAUUGUAACAUGCAGAAUUGGUAAGUAGAAGUUGUUCAUCCCUAUGGGACCAUAGGGUAUUUUGAGAUAUAAAUUACCAAAUUAUAUUUGUAAAUGUUAUAGAAUUAUAUUCUAAUUAUACUUAACAGGGAAAGAUAAUACAUUUUCUAGUUCAGUAGGUCAGUAAAUGUUAAUCAUGUUUUCGGGGUUUUGAGAUCACUUUUUCUUUGUCUUCAUCAAGCAGUAUUAAUAAGUUCAAGUGAGUUUAGAUUUUAUUUUAGGGGCAUAAAGUUGGCAUUUCUGAUUUUCUUUUUAAAGAAUUAAAUACUAGCAAAAAUAUGAUAUCUUUUACUGCUAGAAUACAAAUUAUUAAGCUGCCAAAACUUGGCAUGAAAAUAUUACUACUACUUAGGCUUAAAUUUAAAAAAAAUAAUGGCUACUUCAGUGUCACAUUAUUGAAUCAAAACAUGUAACUGCAAGGUUCAAGCAUCCUAAUCAUUAGUUCCAACUAAAGACACUAAAGGCAGAUACUGGCUACGUGCCUAGUCCCAGUUCAUUCUCUGGGGAAGGAAGGGUAAGAAGCGUGGCUGAAGACAAUGUGUGGAAAUAUUUAACCUUCUUAACACACAUGUAUAUACAACAUUUUCAAGGUUACCAGUGCUGCCUUUUGAUAUGUGAAUAAAUGGAAUUGUGAUGAGUGUUAAAAAAGGUAAUAACAUACAAAAUGCAGAGCUUAAAAAUAUCAUUGCACAAAUUCUGUUUUUAAGCUGUUGAAAUUUCAAUAGUAGUAUUUUUCUUGAUUUUUAACAGUGAAAUGAUGGAGACACAUAUCUGUGUAAGUUAAUCUGCAAACUCAGGUUUUGUCCUGUGAAAGGUAAUUUAAAGUGUUUAAUUGUAAUCUAUUAACACUGAAAUUUUCAGUACCAGAGCAGUGAAUCUUUUUGAAAAAUACUAGUUAAAUCUCUUUAUUCAAGUCAGACUUCUUGGUAAUGACAAUUACCGUCCCCUCUCACAACUGUAAAUAUUACGUCACCUCAUUUCUCUCCUAGAUAAGAUACUAUUAAAAGGCAUGCACUUUUCACUGGAUGGUCACCUGCUUCUUGUUUCAUUGAUAGAUAGAUGAAAGAAAGAAAGAGAGAAAGAGAAAGAGGGAAGGGAAGAAAAAAGGAAGGGAAAGAAACAAGAGUAUUCUUUUCUGUUGCCUCUUGGCUUAUGCUUUACACAGUUAUAGUCAGAGACGGCGAGUGAUAGUGAGGGCAAGAAUCAAGGAAAGUGCCUAGGUCCUCUUUUCACUGAUCAGAUGCCAGGAAAGGCACCAGUGCUAUAGUUAUCAAAUAGGACAUCUUUUAAGCUUUAUUCUGAGUACCAGUUAAGAGUGAUUUUUUGUUGAGUGAGUGACACAUUGUAGCUCCAGAUCAUUACCUCAGUGCUCAAGGACUGCAGUAGUUUUUAUGCUCAACUUCACAUUUUCUCAUUAAGUCUAUAUUUAUUGAAUACCUGCUAAGGGUCAGGCACUAUGCUGACAUUAUUUUAACAUGUUUUAAAAUGGAGAGGCCUAUAUAAGUUUUAGACAUUAUACCAGAAGUAACAUGCAAAUAAGAUACUUUUAUUUUCAUUUCCACAAUGUUAAAUGAGCUAAUUCUGAAAUCUGGUUUUUUUUAUGGCCUAGAGUUUAUGAAUGCUUUUCCAUGUCUUCUGGUAAUGGAAUAAAUUUGAUUUUUUGGAUGCCUAAGAGUUUCCUAAGAUAGCUUUCUCUAUUACAAUAGAGAAAGCAUGUUAAGUUACACAUGGUCUGCAUUUAAAUUUUUGUUUUUGACUAUUUCCAAAGCACAUUUGCAGGGGUACUAAAUUGUGAAGCUACUGUAAUAACAGUAGUUUCCAGAUGACCUCAGGAAACAGGAUGAACAGAUGAGAAUGUUUACAGAUCCUCAAAACAACUACAUAGUGUUUAGCCAAAUGAAUUUAAGAAGUAAAACAGAGAAGUUUCUCUAGCUUUAUUUAGAAACUGGUUUACAGGGUAUGUCUAACCCCAGUUUCCUAGUUUUUCCAUAUUUAAAAUGGUAAAAUUUUAUUAUGUGCCAAUUAUGUGAAUAUUUUUGACAUAUCCAAUGUAUGUCUAUGUUUAAGAUUUUGUCAUUUAAUGUCUUUAAAACUGAUGUGAAUACCACCUUUUUGGGAGGCCAAGGAGAAUGGUUCUUGCUGUCAGUUCUAAGAGCAGUUGAUACUUGUUUUCUUGUUUUAAAUGUGCCAACAGAACUAUUUUACUAUAAUAUAUUUAAAAGCUCUUAGCUUGCAUGUGUGAUGAUUUUAGCCAGUGAUUUUAUACAAUAACUGAAAAAAUUUUCUCAAAAUUAAGCUGUGAAAUGUUUCAACUUCAUAUAAUUUUUGUAGUACAAAAGAAUAUCCUGCCUACUCUUCUUAAAUUCAUAUUCAUAAUUUAUUUGCAUGUUAGCUGAUCAAAUAAGCCUAAACCAAAUAUGUUAUGUGCAAUAAAAUAAAGCCUUUAUAUAUAUCUAGAAUAUUAAGAAAGACUAUUUUUAGAUAUUUAAAAUGUUUUGGUCCAUGUAGAAAUCAUCAAAUCUGUUUAAAAGAUAGAUGACUAUAUUUUUAAUUUUGAGUAACAUUGGUUAUCAUUCCUACUGUUUUAUCUUUACUUUUUAUUGCAGUGUUUUUAGAAAAUAGCUAUGUAACUUAUUGAGCAUUAUUUUGAUAUUACUGUAUAAACAUGCAUAAUAAAUAUUAAAUUCUUAUUUAUGUUU